AUCAGACUCGUAUUCAUUAAAUUCAUUCUCCCGCCAGCGCUCUUACAAAUUGCGCGCGUUUUUUGUUUUUUUAUUUUAUUUUAUUUUUCUGUCGUCUUUGGUGGCUAACCAGUGACUGUGUGCCAUUCCUUCCCCAAUUCGUCUUCAAGUAACAAGAAAGACGUCCGAAAAAGUGUCUUUUAAGGCAAAAACCGACUUCGAAAAUGGAAUCACAUGAAAAGAUGGCGGCCGUCGCGGGCACGCCCCGUGAGCGAGAGAAUAUUGAAAUGCAAGCUAAUGGAACGUCAAAGCAACUCAAAGACCUGGACGAUCUGUUCCCCUACAUCGGCGACUUCGGCUGGUACCAACGUAUGCUGUUCAUGCUGAUGAUACCGUAUUCAUUCUUCUUCGCGUUCGUGUACUUCUCGCAGAUUUUCAUGACGGUCGUACCGGAACAACAUUGGUGUGAUGUACCGGAGUUGGCGAAUCUUAGUGUGGAAGCGCGUCGUCAUCUGGCAAUACCAAAGCUAGGGGAGAAAUACGAAAAGUGCCUAAUGUAUGAUGUUGAUUGGAAUACAGUUUUAUCAAGUGGCAACCUUGAACCAAAUCCAACAUGGCCGACGAAGAAGUGUGGAAAUAAGUGGGAAUUUAAUUUUACUGAUGUGCCGUAUGAAACUAUUGCUACACAGUUGGGUUGGGUGUGCGAGCGAGACAACUAUCCAGCGACAGCUCAGUCUAUCUUCUUUUGUGGUUCUAUAGUUGGUGGUUUAAUUUUUGGAUGGAUGGCUGAUAAAUAUGGACGAGUACCAGCUAUACUUGGUACGAACAUGACAGGAUUUCUAGCGGGUGUAGGAACUGCAUUUUCCAAUAGUUUCUGGUCAUUCUGUCUCUGCAGAUUCCUUGUUGGUCUCGCGUAUGAUAACUGCUUUAUGAUUAUGUAUAUUGUUGUGGUCGAGUACGUUGGGCCAAAAUGGCGGACGUUCGUCGCCAACAUGUCAAUAGCUGUAUAUUUCACAUUUGCGGCUUGUCUCUUACCCUGGAUUGCGUUGGCUGUGGCCGAUUGGAAAAUAUAUACAUUGAUAACUAGUAUACCUUUGGUUCUGUCUAUAUUCACACCUUGUGUAGUUCCGGAGAGUGCUAGAUGGUUAAUAUCGCAAGGUCGUAUUGAAGAAGCAUUAAAGAUAAUACAGAAAUGUGAGCGAGUAAACAAUAAAAAGAUACCGGAUGAGGUUUUAAAGGAAUUUAGGGAGACAGCAACAGAAAUUGCAAUAGCAGAACAAGAUCUUAAAAACUACUCUUUCAUGGACUUAUUUAAAACGCCUCGGCUCCGACGUCACAGUAUAUUAUUAUUAAUAAUAUGGAUGUCAAUAGCCAUGGUGUUCGACGGCCAUGUCAGAAAUGUGGGCUCUUUGGGUUUGGACAUGUUCGUCACUUUCACUAUAGCAACCGCUACGGAGUUCCCGGCUGAUAUUCUGCUGAUUUUGACGUUGGAUAUUGUGGGUCGUCGCUGGCUUGCUUUCGGUUCAAUGGUGAUAAGUGGUUUAUUCAGUUUUGCAGCAACUACAGUUCCUUUUGGUCUACCAUCAGCAUCACUAGCGAUAGUUGGCCGAUUCGCGGUCAACAUAUCGUUCAACAUCGGUAUGCAAUACGCUGCAGAAUUGUUGCCUACUGUAGUAAGGGCGCAAGGGCUGGCCCUUAUUCAUAUUACGGGGUAUAUUGCUACUAUAUUGGUGCCUUAUAUUGUGUAUAUGGCAACUAUAGCCAAAGAGAUCCCGCUCUUAAUCUUAGGCACUAUAGGCGUAGCGGGCGGUUGUCUAUGCUUGUGCCUACCAGAGUCUAUGGGCAAGGAUAUGCCACAAACAAUACAAGAUGGCGAACAGUACGGAAAAGAGCAGACGUUUUGGGACUUCCCGUGUUUGAAUAAAAAACUACGUAAUUCAUCAGCCGUUGAGAAGGUUUAAGUGUGCAUUACAAUUAAUAAAGUACUUAUAUUAGCAA